AUGACGAUGAGAAAUGGGUCUAGGGCGACACUAGUCGCCGUGUGCAUAAUGGUGGCGGCCAUGCUCAUCGCCAAACCGGAGCUCAGCAUGGCUCAGGAGGAAUGCAACACGACGGAUCUGUCACCAUGUGGGCCGGUGGUCAUGUCUGCGGCGGAGCCGCCGCCUUCGCCUCAAUGUUGCAGUAUCGUGAAGCAGCAGAGCUCCCAGUGCCUUUGCGAGUACAUUCGCAACUAUCCACAGUAUGCUGAUAAUGCUACAAAAAUUCUUAGGGCUUGUGGUGUGGCUGCUCCUACCUGUUAA